UUAUGAUUCUUCAAGAUACCUAUACUGGAAAUUAAUGAAGUAUUUUGUGCUUCCCCACAGAUGGUUGAAGACUGUGUAACAUCGAGGUCAUCCAAGAUGACACAGAGUGAGCAGGAGGUUCCUCGGCAGCACUUCUUUCAACGUGAAGGGUCGCGAGUAUACUACGCUUCAGAGACUGGUUGCUGGCCAGCCAACAGCCUCCCAAGAACUUUCUGGACGCGCCACAGAAGCACCAGGGAAUCUGUUAUUCUGGAGGCAAAGGAGGACGGUUCUAGUUCUGGAGAGGAAGCACUGGAGGGCGAUGCCUCUCCAGGGGGUUCCUUUCGGGAGUCACUGAGAGGGUUUCCUUCUCACCGCUCACAGGAUUCUGGAUAUUCCGACUCCGGGGAGUCCACAAACGCUCAAAACGAUAGCGACUCUCUUCCGACGACCCCGCCCAACGUGAAACACAUCACCCGCGUCUACUUCGGAGAAAAUCCAUGCUUGUACAAUGACAAGAUUGUUUGUGUUCCUAGUGUAAACAUAAACACAGUAGCGUCAGCCUCUGUCGUAGACGAUGCUACCCACUCAAAGACUAGUCCUUGCAGGAACUACAGGCAUGACAGAACAGCUAAUUUCGAAGAAUUGGCAGAGGAACUGGAAUACAAGAGUGUGUUAGAUGCCGCAAACAGGCGUACAGGUGCCGUUAGGAAACGAGUCAGUGCCACUACGGCUUCCGUGGCUCAGGGACGGCUACAGAGACGCAGUAGUAGUGCCGAGAGCCUUCUUGCAGAUGAGCAGGUUGAUCAUGACCGUCGGCUGAUAGCUGCUAGAACACGGCGACGUUGGUCUGUGUCUGAUAUGCAAUAUCAACACACAAGGAUCAGCAGACAGCAGAACGUGGCGCCAUCCCAUGUCUCCUGCGGCACCAGCACCCACGUAACGUGUGGUACCAACACUCAAGUAUCAUGCAACAGCGGUGGCCGCAGAGCCGACACCAAAUUAAUGAGAGGAGCCACUGAUCUGUUGUCCCUAGAAUGUCUAGAUGGCCCAGUUAACUCGUCCCGUCUUGCGAGGGAGACGGAUAUAGAAACUGUAUUCACCUUCCCUUCCUCCAGAUCCUUCAUGCAGUCAAGGAUACAUCCCGUAACAUUGUCUCAGGAGAUGAGGAACCCUUCGCUACAGCAAUGGCUGAAAGAGUUGAGGGUCUUGUACGAGUCGGAGUGCAUGAACACUCUCCAGUCCAAGUCAAUACCGGGAGAUUCUGGUGACCUUCACUAUUCCCACCUCUCCACCAAGACUAAAAUAUCCUCCAACAAUACCGUCGAAGCUGCCUCGUCCUCCGCCAGCCACGCCGUCAGGACUAUCCAACGACGUGCCCAUGCUAUCUCUACGGAGUUCUCCAGACUCUGCCAGCGGCUUGAGUGGCUGGAGCUGGGACAGGUGCCUCUGCUGGCAGGGUCACUGGUCACUCACAUCAACACCUUCCUGAGAGACUACACCACCCAGUGGACCUCCGCCGACCCCGACCUCCUUCCCCAGUCGUCGCUGGGUCGUCAGAGCAAAGUGAUCCAGCAGGUCUGUGAACGACUGCAGGUGGUGUGCAGCAACGACCAUCACGACCACGACACGACCCGCCAAGUGGUGCAGGUGGUGACGGCGCUGGGCCAUGCCUUCACCAAGCUGGUCGACCUCAUGUUGAGCAGGGAGAUCAGGAUGGUGGUACGAGCCCUGGAGGAGUCGAGGAGCAUAUCCGAAGUGUUGGCUGUGGUAUCACAAUUAUCGGCGCUUGGUGUGGAUGGUGGUCACAUCUGCCGCCUCAUAGCUCGCCUUGGUGGUGUGCGCGGCCUUCUGGCUGUGUGUCUGGAGCCUCGGCUACGUCUGUGUCGCGUUGACGCACUCAGAGCCCUCGCCACAAUCUGCUGCGUCGUCGAUGGUAUCGUUGAGCUGGAAAAGGCUGGAGGUGUGGAGGUGGUGGCGGAGGUGCUGUGCGAUGAAGACUGUCCAGAGGAGGAGAGGAGUGAGGCUGCCGGAGUGUUGGCGCAGAUCACCUCCCCGUGGGUGGAGAACACCCACCGCCUCCCUGCCAUCCACACCCACAUGUGCACCAUCGUCCAAGCCCUCACAGACCUUGCAGAGUUCACACAGACGCCGGAGGUCUUCCUACUGGCGUCAGCGGCACUGGCUAACCUCUCCUUCCUGGACGACACGUGUGUGAGUGCUAUUAGAGCAGCUGGCACUGUUGGUAUUCUGCUCAAGGCUCAGCGCGACAACCCAAGCAUCUCUAUCUUCACUAAAGAUCAGAUCGCCACGAUAUUGGCCAACCUGGCGGGGUCACGAGAGGCAGCAGAAGAAGUGGUCAGGGGUGGAGGCGUGGCCGUUCUGCUGGCUCUGCUCAACACCGGGCCAGCCCCCUCCCUCCGCCUCCCCGAAGUGGCCGCUGCGGAGCGAAUCCAGCAGAAGUCUGCCAUCACCCUCUCCAGACUUUGUCGGGAUCCGUCGGUGGCCCAGCAGGUACUGGAGCUGGGUGGGGCGGAGCGGCUGGUGAAAUUGUGUAAGGACGACCAGGAACGCCACCACAGUGAUGCUGUCCUAAUUGCCUGCCUGGCGGCCCUGAGGAAGAUGGCGUCGUCACUGGGGUCAGAGGAGCUGCGAGGAAUGGACGCCGCUGAGCUGGUGGAACCUCGCCUCCUGGACUCCUUCCUCACCUACUCCUCCCGUCAGGAGAGCUUUGUCUAGUUUAGUUGACCACACAUGAAUGUUUCAAGGGUGUUGAAGGGCAGAACAAUUUUAUUGUGCUCGAGUUUAUGAAAUCCACUUUACAAGUGUUCCGCGAAAUCUAAAGCAUUCAAGAAUCCACCGUUAAGUGUUCAAAGACAUUUUCAAAGCAUUUGGAUUGUGGAAGUGGAUUGUAUUUUAACAUUCGCACUCUCUUAGGGCAUUUCUGUAGAUUAUAUUUUUUUGACGAAUUAGUUUCAAAUAGAAACUGGACAACUAUUUUCCACAUACACUUUCCUGAAGAUCCAGAUUGUGAGGGUAAUUUAUGCCUGCCAGCCUCGAGCAUCACCAACCUUAUUGAACUGGUCAAGAAACUUAGAAUCAGGCACAGGGCUGUGUUUACAAUCUCUAUACCCAUCACUUUAGAUUUCUAUAUACUUCGAGGUCAUACGGCGCCGUGACCUAAGAAAAAUAGGCGACUCGGGGCGACGUAUACAUAUGCUGCUAGUUUUAUAAAGCGUGAAACGCGGAUGUCCUUCAGCAUGAGGACAGCGCUGUUUGACCCUUGUGGGUAUAACGCUUAGUUUUCAUGAUAAUCAGCAUAAGGAAUGGUGGAGGCUCGAUCCUCCUGUUUAUCGUGAGAGACGUCCUAACUAACUGUAUUUUAGUUCCUUUGCGCAGAUAGAUCGAACUUUGUAAUUUGUUGACCAACAAAUUUCAAGGAAACUGAUCAACCUUGACAGCCAACUAAUAUUUAAAAUGUCUUCUUUACGGUAAUUUGAAAACUAAGCUCUAAGCUGUUAAAAUGCUAUAUUUCUUUAUAUAUAAAACAUAGUUGUAGAUGUUAUUAGGUUUAUUACAAAAAAAAAAAAAUUAACAUGAGGGCAUUUAUGCUCGUGUGUGGAGGCAUCAAGACCUUUGUGUCCACGGGACAUUUAUACUUCAUGGAAUAUGUAGACAUAAUUUAAUGAAUUAGAGAAAUGAGUGAAUCAGUUUGUAUUCGGAUUAUUAUGUGCGAGAUAUUGUUCAAUACAAUUUCGAAUUAUUUAUAAUUUGUAUGUAUGAAAUUAUGAUCAUUGACUCUGGCACUAUUACUUUUCUCACUCGCUCUAGAAGCUGUUCUUGAUUUAGGGAAUUGGAUUUGUGCUCCAGUUCCCCGAAUUAAGCCUGAAUGCCUUCCACAUCCCCCCCCCCAGGCGCUGUAUAAUCCUCUGGGUUUAGCGCUUCCCCCUUGAUUAUAAUAAUAAUAAUCUAGAAGCUGUUGCAUGCUAUGCUCUCCUUUCUUGGAGCAAACCUGAAUUUUCCCCACGACUACCUACGGGUUUAGCACUCCCCCAUGAAUAUAAUGAUGUAUAAUACUAAUUCCGGUGGAGGAUGACGACACUGUGAGCCCGUAAGUGAAUGAAGAAAACCGAGCCGAGGCUGUUUUGUCUCCAUCUAAAUCCAGCACAACUUGUCAUUGUCUUUCAUGAAAAAUUAAACAACAUUUCACGAUACAAAACCUGGGCGACAGGUGAUUCUUUAGACCUUUUUUAAGCCUAUUUUUACUCUAGCAUCUUUUGUUUUAUGAAGUUAUAAUAGCCCACACGGCCUACAAAAAAAAAAAUCACAGGAACCCACAUCUGUUCCAUACAGGAUCCAUGGAAUAUUUGAUUAAUUCUAUUUUUGCAAUUCUGAUUUUUUUUAGAAAUGCCUAAUAAUAAUAAUAAUAAUAAUAAUAAUAAUAAUAAUGGUGAUAAUAAUAAUAAUAAUAAUAAUAAUAAUAAUAAUAACCCAUGUUAAAUACACUGGAAAUCGUGACCGGAUCAAAACUUAAUCCUCCCACUCAAGACACUUUCCGGUUUAAAUAUAUUAGUUAUAAAUGAAGCGCUAAACCUACAAGGGUCAUACAUCUCAAAUAUAUUACAGAUUAAUGACCUCACAUUUAUAGACUUAGUGAAUGAUGGAGGUUGUAAUGUAGUGUACAAAUAGAAGACGACCAAAAAUAAAGUACAUGAAUCACGUAUCAUAACCAAGAAAAGUCUUGCAACAAUUGAUUCAACUUGGACACGUUCAAAUUGUCAUAAAAGAUGUAAAUAAUAAAUCAGGCACUAAACCCGAGAGGGUCACACCAGACAGCAUUACUGAAAAAAAAAAUUAAGAUUUAAGUAGAUCAGAGAAAGAACAAGUGGAAAUAAGUAGCAUGUUGCAGUGUCCAGUAGUUGUUCUGAAGUGAUAAUAUAUGCAAAUAUGAACAACAAAGUAUGUUUACCGUCACUUCAGUCAAGACUGAAGGACGCUUGAUUCAUAAAAACUGCAGAUACCUUGGAUCAAAUCAAAUAACCAUUACUCAAUCGGGAAAAACAAAGUGUAGUUAUAAUAUGUUCCUUAACUGCCAGUGACGCUGGUGAAGGGCUCUUGAUCUAGGGAAUUGGAUCUGAGCUCCGGUUCCCUGAACUGAGCUUGAAUACCUUCCAUCCCCCCCCCACAUGCGCUGUAUAAUUCUACGGGUUUAGCGCUCGCCCAUGAUUAUAAUAUAGUAUUGUCAGUAAAGAUCUGUGAACUCAAUAAAUCCACUAUGUAACCGAAUCAUUGUCAAGGGAUUACUUUAUACUGCAUUUGUUUCUUCUUCCUAAGUCACCCCUACAGGUUUAGCGUUUCCCCCUAAAUAUAAUCGUAACUAAGCGCUAAACCUAGAAAGGUCCCCCGUAAAUAUAAGGUUUAAUAGAUGCAUACAAUGAACAGUAAUUACAUCUAGGUACAUCCUCUGAGCCUAGUCACACCUUUAUACCAAAUAAUGACCAUUUUUCU